UUGGGGUGCCCGACCUCCCAGGCCCCAUGAGUCUGCAGAAGAAAAUCUUUCCCUGGAGAGCGAGCGGGCGCCGGGAGCUGGUGACCGCCCCAUGUGUGGCCCGAACCAGGGACCCUGACAGGAAGAAGCGCAGCUGCACUUCUGCUCUGAGAAUGGACCCCCAUGGCCAGCCACGCCGCAGCAGGCCCGCUUCCACGCUGCGCUCCUUCUCCCGCUCACUGAUCCUGUGCAGUGCCCGCACCAGUGAUGAUGGCCACAGCCCCGAGGAGAAGGGUCCUGACCUCUUCGGGGGGACCCUGGGCCAGGAGGGGGACACAGCAGAGGCGGCAGAGAAUCUGGCAGGCGGGAAUGACUGGGGAAGGAAUUGCAGGUGGCUGUUCUCAAAGGAUGCCUCCUCCACACUGUCUCGGGAAAAAUCAGAGAAGCCAGAAGUGAUGAGUUUUCUGCCCUCCCAGACCAGCCCCCCUCGGGCACGAAGCAGCUCCACCAGUGUGAGCUCCUGCUACUCAGGGGAUGCAGAGCACUUUCCCAGGAGCAGCCCCAGUGCCGCUGACCCCAGCCGACAGCCACCUUCGCUGAGCAGUGGCCACAAAUCCCUGUCGCAGCAGCUGGACGGGUCGGCAGGCCAGGCAGGGGGCCUCGGCUUCAGCAUCGUGGGGGGACAGGACAGUGCCUAUGGCCCCAUGGGCAUCUACAUCAGGACCAUCUUCCCUGGAGGUGCGGCCGCUGCCACCGGGCGCUUGCAGGAAGGAGAUGAGAUUCUGGAACUCAAUGGAGAACCCCUGGCUGGACUCACCCACCAGGAGGCACUGCAAAAGUUCAAGCAAGCCAAGAAGGGGCUGCUGACAUUGACGGUGAGAACUCGCCUCACGACACCCCCCGCCCCAAGCAGCGUCCUGUCCCCACCGCUGUGUCGCUCCCUGAGCUCGGGCACCUGCACCUCCAUGGACAGCACCUGGGUCGUGGGCAGCAGCACCCGGUCCAGUUACCGGGUCCUGGUGGAAGUUUCCUUGCGCAAAGAGGCCGGUGUGGGCUUGGGCGUGGGCCUCUGCAGCGUCCCUGGCCUGCAGAGCGUCUCUGGCAUCUUCGUGCUUGCCCUGUCGCCUGGCUCCGUGGCACACCUAGACGGACGCCUCAGGUGUGGCGACGAGCUGGUGGAGAUCAGCGAGUGCCCCGUGCACUGCAUGACGCUGAGUGAUGUCUACUCUUUGCUGAGCCAUUGUGAGCCAGGCCCUGUCCCCAUUGUGGUCAGCCGGCACCCCGACGCACAGGUGUCUGAGCAGCAGCUGAAAGCAGCUGUGGCACAGAGCGCAGAGAACGUCCGCUUCGGGAGGGAGAAGCUGGCGUGCGGGCUGGACGGUGCCAAGCGGCUGGAGAGUAGCUGGCACGGGCGGCCAGCCUUGGACAGGGGUGAGAGUGGGACGGCAGGCCGCCGCAGACCACAGGUCAUGGCACGUUCCAGCAGCUAUGCAGCUGCGUCCCCAGGGGGCAGCCCCUGCAGUGCCCACAAGUCCCCCGUCUUAGAAAUGAACACACCCAGCCAUCCCCCUGUCAGCCAGGCCGACCACCUGCCAGUGCGGUUACGCAAGUCCUGUGAGAUCCUAGUGCGGAAGCCCACGAACUGCAAGCCAGACCCCCCACCUCGGAAGUACUUCCGGGGUGCCAGUCCCCCUCUGCAGGGCCUCCCUAAGGUGGAGCACACUACCGACCAGGAAACCAGUGCACCACGGCCACCGAUACAGGAAAGGGUGGCGGGGACCAUCCCUAGCGCCUCAGCCUUGUCCUGCUGUGGGGGGGCUGCACCAGUAGGGACAAGCAGCUGUGCAGGAGUCCUGGGGUCCCCUGAGAAGCCCCAGCUGCUCCAGAGGCAGGCACAUGUGGAUUGUGGGGACCCCACACCCCCUGACGACCCCUGGGUGCGCAUAUCUGACUGCAUCAAGACCCUGUUCAGCCCUGCCAUGAGUGAACGCCCCAGCCGCGGGGAAGACAGGGUGCAGGGGACCCCACCCAAGCCCACUGCUGCCGCCUCAGCGGCUGUCAGCAGCACUGAGAAGAAGGGCCCACCCGUGGCCCCCAAGCCUGCCUGGUUCCGCCAGACUCUGAAGAGCUUAAGGGGUAGAGCCUUGGACUCCCAGCUGCUGCCGGAGGGAACCUGCCCUGAGCCACCAGCACCCCUAGAGCGCCAGGGCCCCCCUGUGCAGGCGGCCGCCUCCAUCAGGCAGAAAAUAAGCUCCUUCGAGACCUUUAGCUCCUUGAAACUACCUGGCAGGGAGGCCCAGAGCCUCAAGCCACAGACGCCCAGCUCCGUAGUUGCACAGGUCCCUACCAAGGCACCGAAGCUUCCCCCAGGUCCCGUUGGCACCUUGAACACUUGCCCUUCCUGGAGGUCUGCACCCCACUGCUCUGGGCACCCCUGCAGUCAACCAGCCCCACCUCCUGAGCCAGACUCUCCUGAGAAGUCUGCACCGUACAGCUCCGAGCUCCCCCGUGGUCAGCCAGCCCUGCUUCAUGAAUCAGAUUCUUCCGAGGGGCUUGUCUCCCAGGGGACCAAGCCCUGGGCCAAGCAGCCCAGCCAGCGGGCCCACAGCUUCCCUCUGGCUAGCACCUCAGCCCGAGAGGGGUCCCCCAGCCAGCUGUAUGGCCUCAGCUCCCAAGUGUCCUCUGCCGUCCUGCGCUCGCUGCUCAGCUGCCUCCUGACCACAUCCACCUCGGUGCCCAAAGAAGACCCUGGAACUCUGAGUUCUGCCAAGGAACCUGCGCUGGACAGUGGUUUCUCAUUCAACCUCUUGGAGCUGUGGGACUCCCAGGAGGGGCUGGCGGGGCCCACAGAAGCUGAGGAGUGCACGCCCUGCUCCCUGAAGCCAGGCCAGUCCAGGCUGUCCCUGCUGAGCCCUGAGGAGCUGCGGACAAUGAUGGAGGAGGUGAAGACCCUGGACAAAGCCACACUUGAGGAGCUGGAGCAUGUGCGUGUUACAGUCCUGCACAAGGCGGUGGGAGCAGGCCUGGGGUUUAGCCUUGCAGGAGGGGCUGACCUGGAGAGCAAGCUUGUCACAGUGCACAGAGUCUUCCCGGAUGGGCUGGCGGCCCAGGAGGGUACCAUAGAGAGGGGCAGCGAGGUUCUGUCCAUCAACGGCAAGUCCCUCAAGGGUGCCACACACCAGGAUGCCCUGGCUGUGCUCCGGCAGGCGCGGGGCCCCCCGCAGGCUGUGGUGGUCACCAGGAAGCUGGAGCCUCAGCCCCCCACAGUGCCCAUCCAGCCAGAGGAGCAUGCAGCUGAGGGCAAUGUGAUCACCGUGACGUUGACCAAAGGAGCUGGUGGCCUGGGCUUUAGCCUGGAGGGUGGCCAGGGGUCCCUGCAUGGGGACCGGCCUCUUACGAUUAACAGGAUCUUCCAAGGAGCGGCCACCACAGGCACCUCCAAGGAGAGCCUGCAGCCUGGAGACGAGGUCCUGGCCCUGGCCGGCACCGCUGCACAGGGACUUUCCCGCUUUGAGGCCUGGAAAAUCAUCAAGGCACUACCCGACGGGCCUGUCACAAUCGUCGUCCGGAGGGCCUGUGGGGCUGACAGAGCAGCCCUGGCCGGGGACCCGCACUGACCGAGGCUGCAGCCCAGCCACUCAGGGAUUCAGCACUGGGCUUUCGUGGGUAACCCGGGCACAUGAGGCCUAGGUGAGCCCAGACAUGGGGGCAUAGCACUGAGCUUUCUGCAUCCCCCCAACAGCUUAUGCAGGCCUGGGCAGGGGCGGGGUUGGGGAGCAAGAAUGUCAGUGUGAACAAACACAAAUAAAAGUCCUUUUUGGAAAAGAA